AGCAGCUUUGCGCCGAUAAUAAGGUACGCGAUGUGUCCCUGAAUAGGUUGACCACGGGGUGACACAGAGCGAUUAUUCUUGUACUCAAGCGGCACAUGGAGAGGCUCCCAGAGACACAGGCGAUUCUGCGCAUGUUCCCCUGGGGUCGACUCGAGUCAGACGGCACCUUCAACUUUGAUAUUGCGCGUGCGCGCCUUGACGUACUCGGGAGUUCUGGAUACGGCUACUGGUCCCACCGGGGAGGCUCCGCACCCCACGCCAACGUGGGCCCGAUGGGUCUCGGAGCAGACCCUACGUUCGGCGGACUGCUCAAGCUAGACAACUUCAUCGACGGCAACGAUCUGCUCAAGAAGAAACACCUCACCGACGAGCAAGGCUGGAAGCUACCCUCGCGCCUGAUCCCGUAUCUCGACUUCACACACUCCUCCGCGAAACAGCCGGUCAUUGUGACGGAGCUUCCGGAGAGGAUCAGGGACUGGAAAAGCUGGUAUGCUUGGCGCGGCCUACCACUGGAGUCUCCUGCGGCGCUCUUGAUGGCGGCCCCUCUGAGUGUCUACCAACUGCUUGUGCGCUGCCUUGAAGUCACCAAACCCUCCGCUGGGUCUGCGGACAAGCGCGUAUCCCUGAUUGUGCACCUCCUCGGUGUGGAGGUCGAGCUCAACCACGUCCCGCUAUUCGCGGAGCUGGUACUGUUGCUCCCGUACCACGACAUCAAGCUCGUCUUCUUCGGCGGUGCAGUCAAAGCCGUCGUCGACGCCGCACGCAAGAAGCCCGGUGCCCUCGCCGCCCAAGACCCCGUCUACACCUACCGCGCACCCGACGCGCUCGGCGCCGGCGCACUGUCCGUGCACUUCCACGGCGAGACCAAAGAGUGGACGCCCGAGGGCGAAGUGCCCGACGCCGUCGUCGCGUGCAACGCCGGCCUGGGCUCCUACCCCGAGUGGAUCCCUGUCGUCCGCGCGACGCACUGGGCCGGCAUCCCCUUCGCGGUGACGGAGUAUGCGGAGCAGUCCGCGGAGCACCAGCGCAGCUUGUUCCCGGCAUAUUUGGCGGGCGGGUGCGAGCCGCGCGAGGACUAUCCCAUUGCUCUGAAUCCCUUCCAACAACCUGGUCAGAGGAUGGUUGGGGUCGUGCGGUUGCCGAACGCCUACAACGGCUUCACCCUCACUGUUGUCAAGAAGUGAGGGCGUGUAAUGAAAGAUGUGCCUAGUGCUUUGAGCGUGUAAAAUACCUGGCGAGAAAUGUGCUGUAUCUCUAUAACCCCUGUAUUGCUUGUGCGUCAUACAUCAGACAAUGUGAAGUGCGCACCGUUUGUCAACGUGGA